AUGCUCGAUUUUAAAGGUCAAACAGCUAUGCUGUACAAAAAAUUAUGGUACUUGGCGGCGCUUGGUCAAACUGCACCUGUAGACAAAAAGGGACAAGAAAUCGACGUAUCAAAAGUGCCGCACCCAGGAAGAGCUUUGCCUUCAUCAAGUAGUUCGAAGGCAAAAUCAAGGACAUCUUCAAUAAAUGGAAGUACAGCAAAAACAAGUACGACGGUCAACUUCAACAGUCAAAACAAAAACGGCUGUGUGGCGCUUCCAGAUAUUCCCCUUGGUACAAUUUCAGAUUCCUGUUCGAAACCAACCGGCGAUUUUGACGAUGACGAGACAUGUCAAGUCUCAUGCACCAGUGGUGAAACUAAAACGAUACAGUGUGUAUGCUCCCAUCAAGAUCUUGGCUUCACGAGGAUAUUCAUGGGUUGCAAUUAUGAUUAUCCUGAUGGAGAAUGUACAGAUGAACCUCCAACAACAGAACCUCCAACUACAGAACCACCGACAGUAGAACCAGUCGAUCCACCUUCUUCAGAAGAAAUCGCUAUUCUAGAGCAACAAGUCGAAGACCUAGCGGCUGAAAUCGAAGAAAUAACCGCGCAGUUUCUGUCGCAUCACGAGUUACAGACAGAGAACAUAGAAGGUUUCUUCGUUAUGUCAUCGCUGCAGCUCAUUAUUAUUGGUGAUGAAAAUAUAGAGGCGUCAAAACGAUUUAUUGAAAAUCAGGUCGAUAAUCCAGCAAUUCAAAUGUUCCGAGUUCAAGACAUUGAAGCCAUUACUGAAUCUGAAUUCAUCAGCCUCGCCGACAUUCCAAAUCCAGACACUUCGUUGAAUUCAUUUUUCAAAGUAACUUUCGAGGCUCAAAUCGACCCAAAUGCGGAGAACGCAAGAUCGGCGAUUCUACUUAUUGAUGAUGGAAGGAAAGAUCAAUUCAGUAGAAACGGUGCGCUCAUGACUACGAGUUGUCUAAGCGAUGAUAAUACUAGCACGCUGGCACGAGGAAUUUCAGCAAUUCCCGGCGCAAUUGCAGAGUCUGUUGUCGGAAUCAGAUGCAGCUUCAGUUCUGAAAGUGCCCAUGACAUCGAAGAGCUCAAACAAGCCAUCCAACAGCUUCAAGAUGAAGUUGACCCAAUAAAGGACAUUGACCCAAAUAGAUAUGACGAUGACAUAGAGGGGUUGAAAACUGGCCAUGAUGAUGUUCUUCACGAAAUUGAGUUAAUUGAAGCAAAAUUGGAGGCCUGGGACAACAAAUCACUCGACAACUAUAUUUCAGAAGACAUAGGGCGAGUUAAAAAGACGAUGGCACUGCAAGAAGUCCAGAAUAUCAUCCAACAAGGAAAAAUUCAAAAUCUGAUCGCCGCUCAAAAUCGAAAGAUCGAAGAGCAAAGCAAAGAAGUAGAAGAGCUUAAAUCUUUGCUCCUUGCCGAGCGCCAUCAACAAAGACUAGACUUCAAGAUGCUCGAGAAAGAAGUCCAGGAGCAAUUGAAAGUAGAAUCCAUCGUUCUUCAAGCUCAACUUAAGAGCGAAAUAAAAGAAUCAGUUUACGAAAUGCAGAAAGAAGAAAUGACCUCAAAAAUGCUCCAAGACUUGAUGAACCCAGAGUCUUACUACAUUCGACAAAUGCUCAGAAGCCCGCUUGAUGACAAGGGAGAAAAACUCGUCACGGAACUCAUCAAAGCCAUGAAUAUUAGACGAUAA